AACAUUUAUCAAACAAGAAAUAUGCUUCUAUCGAGUUGUGGCGCCAAUUCAAAGCACGCCGAUCGCGUCGAAGGACAAAGGAGAGCGCGUGCAACAAUUAAGAAAUCCCCUGCCACCCGAAUUAUCAACCUCCUUGCUUUGAGGCAAUCCACUCGCAGAAUCGCUCCUUUCAACCAAUCUCUACUGGGCAAACCUCCGACAAGCUCGACAUCAUUGUAUUGCAACAGUCUCUAAUACCACUCCUUCCGGACCUUCGCAUCUUUUCGCUUCAUAAACACCGAGCUUUGCACGCGCGCGACACCACACACCCCCGCCAUCCUCGAGCUCGCAGGUUUCACGUUUGACAAAGGAGACAAGCAAUGACGGGCCGGGGAGGCAAAACGAUCACGAAGAAGGGCGUCGCAAAAGCCAGGAAAUCCAUAGGCACAGCGAAGAAGACAAAAGCAGGCGCUGUACAACCGGGCGAUCCCGUCCCCCAAGGGAAGAAGCGCAGGUACAGGCCCGGGACCGUCGCCUUGAGGGAGAUCCGGAAGUACCAGACCAGCACCGACCUCCUAUUACUGAAGCUUCCAUUUGCACGCCUGGUCCGCGAGAUCGCGCUCUCAGUCAGGCCGCGGGAUGAGGGUAUGAGGUGGCAGUCACAAGCGAUCCAGGCGUUGCAAGAAGCGGCCGAGGCCUUCCUGGUCCACCUCUUCGAGGACACCAACCUGUGCGCCAUCCACGCCAAGAGAGUCACCAUCAUGCAGAAGGAUCUUCAAUUAGCUCGGCGGAUACGAGGAGUGUGGGGAGGAGUUGGCUGGGUCUGAAGGAGGGAGGAGGUCCGGUUUGUCCGUCAUGACUUGUUUUCUCAUGGCGGAGUCUGCAGGGUUAUAGCUGGGUGCUCCCGAUGCUUUCGUCGGGCUGGUCUAUGCAGGCAUGCAACGGCGUGCGGCGUUUGGUGUUCGGAUAAGGGGGAGACUCGGUUGAUAUUGCAUUGUAUUUGCUUUGCUAUUGUAACCAUUACAGGGCGGUAUUUGACGAACCUGCUCGCUUGUUGAAGAUGCCUGUUUGAGUCUACAUAUAGGCAAAGCCACUGACGCUUGGUUGGGUUGAGGAUUCCCCUGGAAUCGAGUCCGCCAAGCCUCCAAAAAAAAUCGCUGUGAAUGCGCUCUAUCUGUAUUCGUCGUACUGUCC